UGGAGAGGAGAAUGAUACUGUAAGUGCAUCUUUAACAGUCAUCCAUCAAAAUGUCGAACUCUACUUAUCUCUGCCUGAGGGCAGUUUUCCUGGUGUGUUUUGUUCACCCUUUAAUCCAAGGACUAAGCGCAGAUGCAAAUGUGGUCCAGAGUCCUCGUCAUCGACUGGAACCGAAUCUCACUGGACUUCCAAUAGUCACAUUUGAAUGGCAUCAUGUUCAGACCCCAUACCUGGUGAUAAUUUGGGUAUUUGUGGCUGCACUGGCUAAACUAUCAGUGAUUGAACUAAACCAUCAUGUCACCAAUGUGAUCCCAGAGAGUGGAAUGCUCAUCAUCGUGGGCUUUAUUUUGGGAGGAAUGGUCUGGGGUGCAGACAAGGCGCAGACUUUCAAACUGCUUCCUGCCACUUUCUUCUUCUACUUGCUGCCCCAGAUCAUUUUGGAUGCAAGUUACUUCAUGCCCAACAAGCUAUUUUUCAGCAACCUGGGUGCCAUUCUCAUUUACGCCAUCUUUGGAACCUGCUGGAAUGCAGCCACAGUAGGCCUGUCGCUUUGGGGCUGCUAUGAGGCCGGAGCGAUGGGUAACUUGGACAUCGGUCUCCUGCAGUUCCUGUUGUUUGGUAGUUUAAUAGCGGCGGUGGACCCAGUGGCUGUGAUUGCCGUUUUCGAGGAAGUGCAUGUGAAUGAGGUGCUCUUUAUCUUGGUGUUUGGGGAGUCUCUGCUCAAUGAUGGCGUCACAGUGGUGCUUUACAAUGUAUUUGAUGCUUUUGUUGCCCUUGGAGGACCAAGGAUUGACACCACAGAGAUUUUUAAGGGCAUAUUUUCAUUUGUUGUGGUGGCAUUUGGAGGCUCGUUUCUUGGCGUUGUGUUUGCCAUCCUGCUGUCCCUGCUGACCAGAUGCACCAAACACAUUCAGAUCAUCGAAGCCGGCUUUGUCUUUGUGGUGGGAUACCUGGCUUACCUGACAGCAGAUAUGCUCUCUCUCUCUUCUAUACUUUCGAUCACUUUCUGUGGUGUCUGCUGUCAAAAAUAUGUGAACGCCAACAUGGACGAGAAAUCAGUCACAACGGUUCGUCAUGCCAUGAAGGUGCUUGCGAAUGGCUCAGAAACCAUGAUAUUUCUAUUCUUGGGCAUUACAGCCAUUGAUACGGAGAUAUGGGUUUGGAACACAGGUUUCAUUCUCCUCACUCUCCUCUUCAUGUUUAUCUACAGGAUCAUAGGUGUUUUCUUGUUUACCUGGUUGUUAAACAAGUUCAGAUUGGUUCCCAUCGAGGUCAUUGACCAGGUUGUAAUGAGCUACGGUGGCCUGCGGGGGGCAGUAGCGUACGGAUUAGCAGCAAUGCUAGACAAAGACAAGAUCCCAGAGAAGAAUCUGAUGAUUAGUACCACACUCAUUGUGGUGUAUUUCACUGUCAUUAUUCAGGGAAUCACAAUGAAGCCAUUGGUUCAGUGGCUCAAGGUCAAAAGAGCAGCUCAUUCGGACUUGAAACUUGUUGAGAAACUGAACAAUAGGGCAUUUGACCACAUACUGGCAGCAGUGGAGGACAUUUGUGGUCGUAUUGGAGAUAACUGGUGGACCAGAGGUUGGAACAGGUUUGAGGAGAAGUAUAUCUGCAGGAUAUUGAUGAAACCUAAGGCCAGAAAAAACAAAGACUACCUCUUUAAUAUCUUCCACAAACUCAAUCUGGAGGACGCUAUGAACUACGUCAGUGAGGGUGAACGCCAAGGUUCUCUGGCCUUCAUUCGUAGUGAUGAAGCAGCCAACAUAGAUUUCAAAAAACAAUAUGGUUCAGAAUUUGCAGAUGUGAUGCCUGAUAUAAUGGUUGAUAUGUCAAAUUACGAGUUUGGAAUCGAAAAUGUGUCAGUAACCUCCAUUGUAAAAGACACUAUUCCCUCAAUAUCCCGGGAUAUCCAUGGGCAAGACAGGAAAAAUGCGGUGGAUGACAUCAAUGCCCAUCAUCUUCUACAGCAGCACCUGUACAGGAGCAGAAAGCAUCACCGUCACAAAUACAGCCGCAGUCACUUCGGCAUCAACCAGAGUGAAGACGAGGUGCAGGAGAUCUUUCAGAGGACCAUGAGGAGCCGCCUCGAGUCCUUCAAAUCUGCUAAGAUGGGUGUCAACCCUGCUAAAAAGAUCACUAAGCACCACAAGAAGGAGCUACAUCAGAUGUCUAAUGGACACCCAGAGGGCAAGGACCAUCUAUAUGGAGAUGAAGUUGACAGUGCUGUGGGUAGUGAGACUGCUGCUGUGAAUAGUACUUUUAUGAGAGACACAUAUACAUUUGGAGCUGGCAUAGAGAAUCCAGCAUUCAUGCCAGAUAUGGACAGUCCUACUCACAGCCCACCCUGGCUAAUGGAGACUGAGAUGGACAUGGCUGUCGCACCCUCCCAGAGGGCCCAGAGACGCCUGCCCUGGACGCCCAACAGACUGCGGCGUUUAGCACCCAUGAGGAUCAGCACCUGCUCCACAGACUCCUUCCUGAUGGCUGAUGUUUCUUUAACUCUAGAAGAGCACGAGGAACCGCCCCAAGGAGACAAUGAGGAAAUACGACCAGUCUUUGACUAG